AUGAUCAUCACACGACAGCUCGACAACCAACCUUCGCUUCCAACAACAUUCGUUGACGCUUUCACUGUCGCUUACAGCAACGCAAAGUCGAACUGUCGAACUCAGUAUCAGCAACCACAACAACAAUCUUCAACCUCAUCCUCAGCAAAAAUGGGCGCCCAAAGCAUUCCAGCUGUCUCUGAGCGUGUUAUGCUCGGCAACCAGAUCGCGGAGAAUGGCCCUCGCAUCCUCAUUUGUCCCAGCGGCUUCAAGGAGAGCCUUGGUCCAAACGAGGUAGCGGACUGCAUCGAAGCUGGCGUGCUCCGAGCUGUUCCCACCGCGAAGAUCAUGAAAGCUCCCAUGGUCGAUGGCGGUGAGGGCUUCACCGAAGCCCUUGUGGCAACCACUGGAGGUCAGCGCCGAUUCUUGGAAGUCACAGGACCAGUGCGUGAGACCGUACCAUCCCACUACGGCUUUCUCGGAAACACACCCACCCCAACAGCAGUUGUCGAAAUGGCAGCCGCUGCUGGGCUGAGCAUUGUGCCACGCGACCAGCGCAACCCCCUUUACACCACGACAUUUGGUGUGGGACAGCUCAUCAAGGCAGCCCUCGAUGACGGCGCCAUGAACAUCCUGCUGGGAUGCGGAGACUCCGGUACAUGUGACGGCGGCAUCGGAAUGGCACAAGCACUGGGAGCCCGUUUCUUCACCACCAAGGGGACAGAAAUCCCACCUGCUCAGGGCGGCGCAUCGUUGACUGACCUGGCAGCCGUCGAUUUGACAGGCCUUCACCCGAGACUUCAGGAAUGCAGCAUUGAUGUGGCAUGCAACUGGCACAACGUCCUCUGCGGACCGAAAGGUGUCGCACGAGUGUUUGGGCCGCAGAAGGGAGCCACUCCAACCGAGGUCGAGCUUCUUGACAUGGCCAUGAUCCGGGUGGGCACGGUCGUGAGCGACGCAAUCGGCAGGGACAUCAGCUACGCUCCUGGAAGCGGCGCCUCCGGAGGAAUGGGCGCUGGUCUGCAGCUCAUUGGUGCCCAGCUGCACCCACGAUUUGACAUUAUUACCAAGUUUUUGAACAUCAACAGUCUUGUCAAGGACUGUGAUGUUGUCAUCACUGCCGAGGGCGGCAUCGACGAGCAGACGCCACGGGGCAAGAUUCCCGCAGAAGUAGCUCGCAUUGCCAAGUCCCGAGGAGUACCAGUCAUCGCACUCGCUGGCACUGUUGGCAAGGGCGCUAGCUGCAACUACGAGGCUGGUAUCGAUGCGUAUGCCAGUAUCCUGCAAGCCCCUGUCACCCUCCAGGUGGCCAUUGAGGAGGCCGAAAGGCUGCUCACUGACGCUGCGGAGAGUGUCACACGCAUGGUGAUGGUCGGUUGGAGUUUGAAGCGUUUCAGAGCCCCGUCCCCUCUUCCACCAACGGGAGCUGCUAUGGCGUUCAAGAGGAGCAGAACGUUUUGUUAUUAA